AUUAAUGACUUUUUCGGGAGCCAUGUAUUUUCUUUUUCGUCAAUGAUUGGGUCUGGGUCGCCGUAAAUGCAAAUAAAUGAGAUGAUCACAUUAUUACUUCACAUUACAGAUUCUGUGACUCUCUUUUGUUCUUAUCAUCACCGACUCCUCCCGUCUAUAUCAUCUUCUGAGUCUUACAAUAACAAAACCCAUUCUUGGUAUUUGAUUCUCUCAGAUCUUAUCGCCGAUUUAACUCAUAAAGGAAUGAACUUUUGAAUCAGUUUCGUUGUUUUCAGGUGUAUUCCGUUGAUGGGUCAUCCAAAAAUCCAAGCUUUAAUCGAUUUUUCCUCUUAAGAGAUUUAAAUCUGCAUAAGGAAGGCAUCAGCUUUUUGUAUUAAAGAAGAAACCAGAAGGAGAACGAGGAUAGAUACAGGCUCUUAUCAAAAGUUUGCUCUCUCUGCCUUAAGCGAUAGAAGAAGAUGGUGGCUUUUGGGAAAUAUCUGCAGCGGAAACAAAUCGAAGAAUGGAGAGGCUAUUACAUCAACUACAAACUGAUGAAGCAGAAAGUGAAGCAAUAUGCUGAACAAAUACGUGGCGGAUCUCAACAUCCUCGCCAUGUUCUCAAAGAUUUCUCCAGGAUGCUCGAUACUCAAAUUGAGAAAACAGUCCUAUUCAUGUUGGAACAACAAGGGCUGCUCGGAGGAAGAUUAUCCACGCUGAGGGAAACUCAUGAUGCUGUUCUCGAGCAGCCUGACAUAUCGAAAAUCGUCGCGCUACGUGAAUCAUACAGAGACGUUGGACGAGAUCUUCUACAGCUUCUGAAAUUUGUUGAGUUGAACGCCAUUGGUCUCCGCAAGAUACUCAAGAAGUUUGACAAACGUUUUGGCUAUAGAUUCGCCGACUACUACGUCAAAACCAGGGCUAAUCAUCCUUACUCACAGCUUCAACAAGUGUUUAAGCAUGUGGGGGUAGGAGCUGUUGUUGGAGCCAUUUCUCGAAAUCUCCAUGAGCUUCAAGAAAACGAAGGAAGUUUCUAUUCAAUCUACGACCAACCUGUUCUUCCUCUUCAGGAUCCAGUGGUUGACGCAAUUAAGACAGCAGUUGACAAGUUGACAAACUCAACGAGUUUCCUCAACUUCUUGGCACAGCAUGCUCUUAUCAUGCAAGAUGAUCUGCAGACUCCUUCAGAGGACACCAUCGAUGAACGGACUUACCAUUUUAACUCCUUACUCCUGAACUUAGGAAACACGUUCUUGUACAUGGUCAACACAUACAUCAUCGUCCCUACCGCAGAUGACUAUUCCAUGAGCCUUGGAGCUGCAGCUACUGUUUGUGGUGUUGUCAUUGGAUCUAUGGCCGUGGCUCAAGUGUUCUCGUCGGUUUAUUUCAGCGCUUGGUCCAACAAAUCUUACUUCAAACCUCUUGUGUUCAGUAGCAUUGCUCUCUUUAUAGGGAACUUAAUGUAUGCAUUGGCUUAUGAUGCUAACUCCAUUACUCUUCUCUUACUUGGCCGUCUCUGUUGUGGGCUGGGGUCAGCAAGAGCUGUGAACCGGAGAUACAUCAGUGAUUGUGUGCCUUUAAGAAUCAGAAUGCAGGCAUCAGCAGGUUUUGUGAGUGCUAGUGCUCUUGGAAUGGCUUGUGGUCCUGCAAUAGCCGGUUUACUCCAAAUCAAAUUCAAAUUUUACAAGCUGACGUUUAACCAGUCUACUUUGCCUGGCUGGGUCAUGGCUGUGGCGUGGCUGUUCUAUUUGGUAUGGCUAUGCAUUUCAUUCAAGGAGCCGUUGCGUGAUACAGAGGAGCAAGAGGAGCAAGAAAGAAGCAAGCGCAAUGAAACAAGUUCAAUGACAGACAGAGUUGAGGAAGGUAUUCGGAAGCCGUUGUUGAUUACUUCAGGGAUCUUGCCGGAUGAUGAAGAGGAUUGCGAUGAAAGUGAAGAAUCUGCAGAUGAAUCUCGCAGACCUGCAAACUCUUUCGGUGAUGCAUACCGCCUUCUUACUCCAUCUGUUAAGGUUCAACUGUUGAUCUACUUCAUGCUCAAAUACGCAAUGGAGAUAUUACUGUCUGAGUCUAGUGUGGUUACUUCAUACUAUUUUGGCUGGACAACAAGCUCCGUUGCCAUCUUCUUGGCGUGCCUUGGCCUCACGGUGCUACCUAUCAACAUUCUUGUGGGAAGUUACAUCAGUAACAUGUUUGAAGACAGGCAAAUCCUUUUGACAUCUGAGAUCAUUGUCUUUGUUGGGAUCCUCUUCAGUUUUAACUUGUUUGUUCCAUACACUGUACCGCAAUACGUGAUCUCUGGUCUAGUAAUGUUCGUUGCUGCUGAAGUGCUUGAAGGUGUGAAUCUAUCAUUGUUGUCGCGGGUAAUGUCAUCAAGGCUAUCAAAAGGAACUUACAACGGAGGAUUGCUGUCUACGGAAGCUGGGACGCUGGCUAGAGUUGUGGCGGAUGUAACUAUAACGUUGGGAGGAUACUUGGGAAGAAACCAUCUGUUGAAUGCAACUCUGCUACCAUCACUUGUCAUCUGCAUUGGCUCCAUUGUUGCUACUUGUUGUACUUAUAACUCUCUCUAUUGAUAUAUACUUUUGCUACCAGUUUUACAAAAUAGAAUUAAAAAGAGAACAGUGUGAAUGAUCCUCUCUUUAUUUGAUUUUUCUGUUGUCACCAAGGUUCCUAACUCCAACGGUUGCAUAUGUGCUAUCAUAUACGUACAAGUCUUCCAUGUGCUACAACUUAGAAACCUUGUUCAUGUUUUUGUGAGCUUUUGAUUGAGUUAUUAUUCCAGUGUAUUUCUGUUUCCUAAUACUUCAACUCUUAAGAAAAAGAGAUCAUGGUGUAACCUCACAAUAUUCUAUCAACUAAUUACGUCUUUAAUUACGUCGAACCAUGGACUCAGGAAAAAAAAAAGAACUACAAGAAAUUUUGAAUAUUACUACGAGACAUUUUUUUUUGUCAUCACUACUACACGAGACAGAAUAUACUGUAUUGUGAUUUAUGAGCACAUUAUAUUUUUUUUUAUUAAACGAAUGCAUUUAAUAUAAAAAAAAAAAGAAGUUACGUCGAUUUGUAUGGUAAUAACUUAUAAAAUACUAUAAGAGAAAAUUUCAUGUUUACCACUUUCAUUAAAAGAGAAAAUAAAAAUGAUUAGUGUAAACAUGAAAAGUGAUACUAUGAAUGUGGUAUUUGUGGUAAUUUUCCAUAAAUGAAUGUAAACAGUAAAAUUUUCUUCAUUUUUUUCAAAAACUUACAUCAUUUAUAAGAAAUGUUUUUCACAUGAUUUUCUCAUUUUAUCAUUUUAAGAAAUUUUAGAAAAAAAAUUCUUAUCAAAUUUAAGAAAUAACAUUAACAUAUAUUUUUAAUUUCUGUUAUUUUUUUUCAUUUUUAAGGGCCACCAGUUGUGCCAUUAAAUUAAAUAAACUAAUAGAAAUAUGUAACCAGAAAUUUAUGUUAUUGAGGAUUGAAAACCAUGCUUCGUCAGUUUCUUUAAAAGGUCGGAUGUCUCUUGAUGAAAAACAUUAGUCAAUUUAAUGAAAAACAUUUUGGCUCCGGAUGCAAUCAUUCACUGUAGACAUGUUAGAUCUGAAGUGUUAUAUAUCAUUUUGUGAAAUAUUAUAUAAAAUAGUACAACCGUGUGUCAUGAAGAUGGAGCUAUACAGGAGUUCAUGUUUUGUUAUGUGUAUGGGUUUGCUGAGUUUUGAAGAUAUUUUGGGUUUGCUGAGUUUGGAAAAAAAUGAAGAUAUUUUAAAGAUAAAUAGAUGUUUUCCACUAAGCAAAAAAAAAGUCUAAUUAAGAGUAAAUUUUCUAUUAAAGAAAAAUAAAAAUUGUUUAAAGUGUAUUUAAAAGAUUUGGAGAGUAAGUUUCUGGUCUUACAUCAUAGUUGUAAUGAAUUCACAUGCAUAGUCAAAAAUAGGAGACUGAAGGUGCAGAUUUCUAGAGUGUUUUGUAUCAGUUCGCAAAGUAGUACAAAAAGCAGUACAUGUAUGUAUCAUGAAGAUGGAGCUAUAUGGAAUUUCAUGUUUUGUGAUGUGUGUGAAUUGCUGAGUUUGUGAAGGGAAAGAAGAUAUAUAUUAGAAGAUAAAUGAACAUUUUUCAUAAGGAAAAAUAAGUUUUCCAUUAAAAAAUGAAAACUGCUUAAAAUGUAUUUGGAAGAUUUGGUGAACAAGUUCCGAUCUAUCAUAUAUGGAAGACAUGCCCUAAUGAGGAAGGUAGACCUAAAAAGAGAGUGAGAGGUUUUAUUGUCUAUUGGUGGUGUCAGUUGGUGUGAAGUUGUUUCUAAUGGAGUCUGAUGCAGAUUUAGUUUGGUGGCGUUGAUGUUAAUGCCUGGGGUGGUGGAGUUGACCAUUGUUUGGAGUUUGAGUGAGUGUGUUGUGUGUUGAAUUUGACGUACCCAUUUGUAUCACUAGUGUGCGUUGGCUGUUGACGUAGUUUGUGAAGCAUUUUCAGAGAUGCAGAAGAUUGAAGUGUAGAUUCAAACGGAGUUUAGCUCACGGUUGGAUGAUCCUGGUAAAGUCUAAACUUUGGUGGAGGUUUAGCUCAAUGUUAGUUUACUUGAAGAGUUCAUAUUAUAGAAGAGAUCGAUAAUUCAAUAGGGGUAUGUUUGUUUUACGUGUUUAUGAGACGGUGUAAUUCAAAUUUUUUAUUCUAGUGGAUUUGAAAUCAGAACGAGGUUUUGGAGACGUAAAAGUUGAACCUCGUAAAUAAAUUUUAUGUAUCUUACGUUUCUUGUCUUAUCCACACUUUGUUAAUUUAAAUGAUUAAGUACAAAAUUUCUGAGAGCUUUCGAAUGUGAGACUUUCCAGAAACAACGAACUGUUAAAGCCGGACUGAGUUCGUUCGUUCGUUCGUAUUGUCCAAAAACGAACAACAGCCUUCUGUUCGGCCGAGCUCGAUACGGGGCCUUUGUACAAAAACGUGAAAACAUACGAAAAUUAUUGAGCAAAAUCAAUUUAAUAAGAUGGAAAACAAAGUUUGGAAUAUGACAGAGGAUUGUACCCUGUCCUGCUAGUAAUGGAGAAUCCCUCCAUCGUUUACAUUUGUAACAAAAGUAUUUUAAAUUUUUCACUAAAAAAAAAAGUAUUUUAAAUUUUUUGUGUGCUAAAUUCCAUAUUUUCUAUAAAGUCAUUUGGAAUCUCCAAUAGUUCAUGAUUUUACCUAUAUUUCUUACAAACGUCUUGAAUCAUCAAAAGAACUUUAAUUUUAUGUUCUUAUGAAAUAAAUUCUACUCUAUCUUUCUGUGUUCUAAACUUUUUACAUUUAUUAAGAAAAUUAAAUAUAUCUGUUUUGUUUUAGUUAGUUUAAAAUUUUAUAUUCAAUAGAAAUCCACCACUCAUAUUUUUAAAAUUUAAUGUAUAUACAUAUAUAUAUAUCAAUUAAAUGUAAGAGUUAAUCUUUAAUACAAUAACAUAUAAAAUUAAUCUUUUAAAUACAAAUAUAUUACUCCCCUGUUUCAAAAUAUGUGAAUUUUAGAAUUUUCAUAUAUAUUAAAAUAUAUAUUAGAGUUUGAUUAUUAGUGCAUUAUUUUUUUGUAAUUAAUGGUUCCUCAUAAACUUUAAAUUAAUAUAUUUCAGUAAAGACAAUGAUUGUUUUUUGAAGUUUACAAUUUACCAUUAAAAAAUGCAUUGAAAAUAUAAAAUAUAUAUCUUUUGAAACAUUUUUCUCUAAAAUAUGAAAUUUUUGAAAAUAAAUAUUUAAUGAUGAUGGUUUUAUGUUAGAAAUAAUAUUAUCUAACAUAUUUACUAAAAUUUUCUAAAAUUACUGCUAGGUUUGCUAUUUGCUCGGCUUAAUAAUGACUCGACAAUAUAAAAUUUUGCAAUUGUAAGGAAAAGACGAACUAUUGUGUCUUUUCUGUCAUUCUAAAAAAGCCAUUUCUCUCAAAAACAAACUAUUGCUUGAUAAGGGUCUCCCUUAUGCUAACUGCAAGUGCUGAGUACAUUUUUUUUUGUCUCGGAGAGCUUAGUCUGUGCGGUCCUUUGGUGAUUGUUUUUAACACAGUCCACUUCAUCCAGCACCGGAGUAGGUUUUGCGAGGCCUUCCGUUGUCGUCGCUACUUGAGAGCACCCUUGGGUUCGACAGCGGCAAAUCGCAUUCAUUAGACCUUUUCCUUCACCCUCCAUGUUACUCUAGGGGUUAGGAAACAUUUGUGUCAAUUCUUAUUGCUGCUGAUUGUUAUUGAUUUGUACUUCCUAGCUUUGUUUUGUUGACAAGCUUUGAUUUAUAUUUGAUCUUAUCGAUCUUCUUUUAUAUUUAUUGCAAUUUUUAUGACCAGUUUAACCAUCUAAUGGAUUGGAUUUCAAGUUCACUUGUAAUCAGACUUCCAUUACAUUAUUUACAUUUCUAAAAAGAGCUUGCAUUUGUGGAAAACAACGUUCUCAUAACGUAAGAAAACAGAAUAUUCCAUUUAUUUCCUGUCUAUGAAUUUAGACUCUAUAAAGUAAGAAGAUAAUUAUUCGAAUUCAUUCAUUUUCAAUUCAGGAAAUAAUUUAUUUUGGACUAGAAAGCUAUUCUUGUUCAUUUAAAGUAACCAUGGCACAACUAGAGAAUAUCCAACGGCAUAUGCUAUUGGUCUUUAUAUACACAUGCAUUUAUUCAUGGUAAUUUUAUUACUUAAUUACAAAACAACUGAAAAGUAUGGAAAUUAAUCUUGAAAUCUUAUUGUACCAGUGGUUCUUUUUAAAUUUUUUUCUUUUAGUUUAAUUGACCCGAACCAAACUAUAAGCUAUAUAACAAAAAUGAAUUAGAACGUUAAACCAGUAUAUAUAUAUAUAUAUAUAUAUAUAUAUAUAUAUUUCUUUUUAAUUUUCUAAAUUGAGUUAUAUAUACGAACAAAGCACGAUCCAACUGAAUUGAACCAAACCAUAAACGCAUUGAAUAUGUAUCUAAUUAAAACAAAUUUUGUAGAACCUGAUCCGAAACCAAAACUGUAUUAAACAAAAUCGAAUAGUUAAAUGUCGAAACCUGACCAAAUUAAAAACCACCACCUUGUAGUUAAUUCAUUUCAAUACGAAAUUCGAAGUAAUUUUCAAAAUUUGUCACCUUUCAUAUUCUUUUUUUAUUCUCACUCAUUUGUUCUGAUAAAAAGCUGCAAAAACAGAUUUCCAGCAUUAUAAAACACAUAGUAGAAAAAAAUCUGAUAUUCCUUGUCGAGAAUUCCUUAUCUGAUAUUUAUACAUGUAUGUGUAUGCUCUCACGCACACACAUAUAUAUAUAUAUAUAUAACCACGACUUCAUGGAUCUAUAGAAAUGAAAAAUGUAAGCUCACUAGUUCCAGGGCUUCUCUCUAUUGGCAGGUCCCUUGUUUUCACACAUACACGCACACACGUAUAUACAUAUUAUAUAUAUAUAUAUAUAUAUUCAUGUUAGUAUCAGAUUUUCAAAUAUAUACACCCACACAUACACAUAUAUUCAUGUUAUAUCAGAAAGACAAAAAUGAUCUGCCAAAGGAGAGUUGCCCUGCAACUAGUUUUAGCUUAGUUAUACACUGAUGAGAAAGGGGAAACCAAAGAUCAGUCUCGAAAUAAGACGAGGAAGAUUUCAUAUGCAAGAAGCUUAGUCAAAUUUGCGGAAUGCUGGAAUAAAGUAAAUCCCAAGGUGCGCAAUCAACCUAAGACAAAAGAAAAAAAAAAUAGAGAAGAUGUUGAAUUGAUUUUGGGAUGUACUGCAAAUGAUCAAGUCUCUCAUAUUGAUACAUAUAUAUACACACAUAAGUGGUGUGGUCAUAAUUCCUUUACCUU